AAAAAAAUAAGAAAAAAAAGAAAAAAAAAAAAAAAUUUGGUUCAAUUUGCUCACAUGAAAGUUGAAACUUCCCCCUUCCUCAGCCCCUCUUCUCUCCCGGAUUCUUCUUCUUCCCAGUGACGCGGCAACCUUCAUUCAGCUCAUCUGUUCAUCUUCCGUCGGUUCACAUUUUGCCGGGUGGUAUAUUUUUCCCCUAAAUUCCGGUUCGUUUAUCUGAGAUUUAUGCUCUGCUUAAAUGUAAUUGACUUCUGCCGCUUACUUAUCGGUAUUCUUUUUAAUUUUUGUAGAGGAGUUUACAUUGUUGCCGACGUUCGGUGGUUUGAAUUGUGGAUAAACCUUCCAUGGCAACCGAAGGAGCUGAUUCUCGAUUUGAUGGUUCUGAGGAUGGCUCCCAGAAUCAAUCUCCUUCGCCGCGCAAAUCUCCGGCGCCGGAAGAUCACGAGGAGAAGUCUAUUCAUAUCAAGUUUCUCCUCUCAAAUGCUGAAGCGGGAUCCAUUAUUGGAAAAGGUGGCUCAACAAUAAAUGACUUCCAGACGCAGUCCGGAGCACGGAUUCAACUGUCACGCAAUUUUGAGUUUUUUCCUGGAACUUCUGAUAGAAUUGUAAUGGUAUCUGGAAUAGUCGACGACGUUCUCAAGGCAGUUGAUCUUAUUCUCACUAAAGUGCUUGACGAGUUUUAUGUUGAAGAAGGUGGAAAUGAGGAUCCCCACUUUAGAGUGAGGCUGGUUGUUCCAAAUGGCUCUUGUGGUGGAAUAAUUGGGAAGGGAGGAUCCAUUAUCAAGUCACUCAUUGAAGAUUCUCAAGCAAACAUAAAAAUAUCCCCACUGGAUACCAAUUUUCCAGGCCUAUAUGAUAGGCUAGUAACUGUGAGUGGAACUCUAGGGGAACAGAUGCGGGGCAUUGAGUUGAUUUUGUUCAAGUUGGCUGAAGAUCCUCAAUAUUUACAAUCGGUCAAUGCUCCAUUUCCUUAUGCAGUUUCAGGAAUGCCCUACAAUGGAGUGAACUAUGCACCAAAUGGAGUUGGGGGUAAAUUUCAGAACCCAAGGUUCCAGAACAAGGGUAAUCAACAGGAAGACCGGAGUAACUCAGUGACAAUUGGUGUGCCUGACGAUCGUAUAGGUUUAGUUGUUGGUCGUGGUGGAAGGAAUGUUGUGGAAAUUAGUCAACUAACUGGUGCAAGAAUCAAAAUAUCUGAAAGGGGUGAUUUCAUGUCCGGAACAUCUGAUAGGAAAGUAACAAUCACUGGAUCACAAAGAUCGAUUCGCGCUGCUGAGGCCAUGAUUUCUCGGAAAGUAUCCUCUGUCGUGGAGAGCUGAUAACAAUGCUGGGGAUAAGUUAUUCUCUGAACUCUGAAGAGGGCACCUUUUUUUCAUUAAGUCAAAGGAAAAUUUUUACAUGACAUUUGUAAGAGUAGAAAUCCAUAAGUCCCAUAACUGCUUCCUUUAUAAAUUAAUAGCUAUUUUAUACAUAUGAUAGUGUAAUUCUUCAAACCGCAGGCAUUAUUAAAUUUGAGAGGUAUUUAAAAUCCAGCUUUUAGAGUUAAAAAUUUUAGCAGUCCCCCAAUCGGUGUGGUUUCUCUGCAGUUUUUCUGUAUGCUAUGGGAGUUUCACUUUCGCAAGGGUCUAUUAUCAAGUUUC